UUAAAGAUAAUUUCCUUUCCUCUCUCUGCAGGGCACUAAAGAGUUGCAGGAACUGGCCGGUGUGACGCUCCACACUGAACAUACCAACCUACGGAGGGGAUGAAGCCGGAUGGAGCUACUAUGGAGACCCCAGAGCUCGGUGAAGCUGCUGCCGUAGCGGAGCGCUCGUCUCAGGAAAACAUAAACGAGGAAGCCCAAACUCAACCGGACGCAGCUGCACCUGCAGAGACUCAGAAGGCCAAUGGGAAGGCCUUAGCAGUGGAUCCCAAAGUCAAACCAAAAGCAGCUGGAAGUAAAACCCAACCAACACCCUCUGCUGGCGCUGCUGGAUCCGGCUCACGGCCGGGAACUGCUUCCCACCGCACGGAGAGGGAUAUUAAAUCUUCCUCUGCAGGGAGGAAAACAACAGCAGCAGCAGGAGUUGCAGCAGCAAAACCCUCUGCUGCAGGAGCUGUGCCUAAAAGGCCAGCAGGUGCACCAGCAGUUUCAUCCACAGCUAAAACCCAAACAAGAGCUCUUGACAGGAAGCCAGUCGGACCCGUCAAGACUGCUGAUGCAACAGUAACCAAUGGUACCAAACAGAGAGUGGCACCCAAUGGCAUUAGUAGGAAACCAGCAGCUGAGGCUGCUAAUGGAGCUAGGCCAAAAACCACAGCUGCUACUAACAGACCGGUUGCUUCAGCUGUUCCAAAAACAAACGCACCGACCACAACGAAACCUGCCGCUCCGGCCUCGUCACGAACAACAAGGCCUGCUGCAGGUGCCUCAACAUCUCGAGCAACAUCCACCUUUUCAAAACCUCCUGCUGCUGCAGCAACAACAAAGAUUUCCACCACUGCAGCUUCACGAGUUGCUUCGUCAAGAGCCGCUGCACCGCCAUCUGCUGGCAGGAGUGCAGGAGCACAGCUGAAUAAAAAUCCUCCUGCUAAGAAAGAUGUUGGUCGACCACCUUCUGCUGCAGCUGCCAAGAAACCCCUUGCAACACCAACAGGAUCACCUGUGGCCAAAAAGAAGGAAACGUCAAAAACUACAACUGCAGUGAAACCAAACUCUGCUCCAACGGCAACCAAGGCAGCCGACCCUAAAGCGUCGCAAGGCAAAGUUCUAUCCGUGGCAAAACCGACCCAAACAAAGAAACCUGCAGCCACACCUCGCUACCCUCCGUCGACCAGACCGCCGCUUGGCCGAACUCCACCCGCUUCUCCAGCAGGCAAACCUUCGACCCCAGCAGCAAAACGCGGAACCAACAAACCGACUCAGACCCUCUCACCUUUCACACAGAAACCUGCGAAAGUCGUGUCGUCUGUUGCCGAACCGCAGAUUGCAGCUCCUUCAGCGACAGCAGCUGAAUCUGUUCAGGUAGCAGACAGCGUAACCGAGGUUACGACAGCGGCUGUGGUUUCUGCUGUAGAGGAGGUCCAAACCCAGCAGGAAAGAGCUGCAGAACCAGAGGAGGUGGCCCAACACAUCAACACGACAUCGCCACCAACAUCUCCUCCUUUCCGGGAACAAUCUGAGGGCUGUGCCGUGCCGCUUCCUGAGCCAGAGCAGCUCUCUUCCCCAGCCAAGCCUUCAUCACCAACCGUGGCCUCUUCUUCUGCUCGCCUCCUUCAGGAAGUGGAUCAAACCGCCUCUACACCUGCGGUCAACCCAACAGAACCAAGCGCUGCUGCGGCUGCUAUUAAUCUAAGCGAAGAGGAAGAUGAGGAGGAGCGCGAGGGAAGCCAGUUGGUGUCUGUGUCGGAAAUGAGCGGAACCACACAGCCGACGGAAGAGUCCCGUCCCGGGUCGGGCGGGCCGGUCGGCAGGGCCGCCUGGAAAGCCGGAGGCGCCUUGCUCUCCGAAUUGGACUCCGAGGAUGUGAGCGGGAGCCAGCAGGGGGCGUCGGAGCUGAGCGCGCCCGGCGUCCUGGAGGGCACGGAGAGCACGGACGACCUCGGAGAGGGCAGCCUCAAAGGAGCCAUCGACAUGGAGUUGGCCUCGGCAGGUUCCCCCGACUUCGAGAAGGUUCCCGACAUUCCCGCCAACGAGUUCGAAGACGAAGAUGAGGACGACAGCGACCGGGUGUGCGACAUGGAAGUGGGCUCGGAGCGGACUGACGAGCCGCGCAGACCGAGGCACGACAACGACGUGGACGAAGAUGAGGACGAUGAUGACGUGGAGAUGGCGAGCGAAGGCGUGACGGAGAGCGGACUGGAAAGCUACGGAAACGCGGAUGAGGACGACUUUGCGGAGGACAACCUGGAUAACUUGAACCGGGUUCUGCAGCCGCUGCCGCCACCACCGGUUCUGCCCUCCGCCCCAGCGGCCCAGUGGGACCAACCCAAUCCGUUCGCUUCUCCGUGGGAAGAACCGCCACAAUCACACAUUCCAGAAGAAUCUAAAGCCUCGGCAAACUGCGAGGCUUUAGCUCAGUCCGCAGCGCAGACCUGGCUGGAUGUCGGAUCUACACCUUGUGCUCCUGAACGACAAGAUGUCUGCCAUCAUUCAUCGGUGCCAAACGAACCUCAGAACGUGGAACCAGCGGGUCCAGCCCCAGAAAUGGCCCUACCUGGAGACCAGGGUGACAGGAACCAGGAAGGGAAGCUCCCAGCUCACGUUUUUGAAACUUCGGCACAUAACUCACAGCCGGACGGAGACUGCCAGGACGCUCAGGCGGAGAGACGAGAGCAGGAGGAGGAGGAGGAAGAGGCUGAACCUGAAACUCUGCCUGCUGAUGAAGUUCUUGGCGGCCCCUCGACGGCGCCGACGUCCAACCCCUCCUCUUCCUCUGUAACGGAAGACGAGGCGAGCGACACGGAGGGAGAAACUCAGCUGGACGAGUCGCUGAAGUGCCCGCCAGUCUCCAGACUGACUUUCGACAUGCAGCCUCCGCUGCCCCAGCACUGCCUGUCCACCGUGGAAGAGGGAGAGGAAGUGGAAAGCUUCGCCGCCGACGAAGCCACUCCACCUUCAGCAGCUUCACUGGCGUCCUACAACUUCGACUCCAUGACCACGGCUUCCAACUCCAACUCCAACGCCCUGUCCACCGGCGAGAGCUGCAUCAAGAGCCCCGGCAUCUUCUCCCUGGAGGAGCUUUCGGAGGAGGCCAAGGAGCCGUGCCUCAACCCUGAGCCUGACGCGCAGCGCCGCGCCGCCGAGUACAUCGAGUGUGGGAAGCAGCAGGAAGCGGAGGCGGCCGAGCGCGUCGAGACGGAACUCCCUGGAUCUGAAGACGCCACAGCGAAGCCGGAGGAAAUCGCAGAAGACAUCCAGCCUCCGUACUAUUCGGCUAUCUGUGAAAAGACUGAGGACUCUUUUGCAGGCUUCGUGGCGAUCCCACACCCUCACCGCCGCGAUCACUCAUCCUACCCCAGAACUUUCUGCGACCUCGUCAAACCCGUCAUCAGCGCCGCCGCUUCGCCCAAGCUGACCUGCACCGACCUGCCGCCCCGGAACCUCGGGCAGCAGGCGCUGAGCCCGCAGCUCCGCAGGCUGGAGCAGCACCAGAGGCAGCUGCUGGAGCUGCAGCAGCGCCGGGCGCAGCAGAGUCGGCCGCUGGAGGAGGCCGAGCAGGAGAGGAAGAGGAGGGUGGAGGAGGAGCAGAGGGGGAAGAAAGACGAGGCAGAAGAAGAAAUAAAGAGGAAUAAGACUGCACUGCUGUCCCCUUCAUCUGGACUCUGCACCAUUUAUGAAGCCUUGGAGAGCAGCGAAGACGAAGAAACGCCGGAGCAGAACCCGGAUGCAGACCCGACCCAACCUGGACCGGAUCCACACGAACAGAUGUGUCCCAGCUGCGACUCUGACCGACCGUCUCCGGAGCAACCGCCGCCCCUCGACCUGGACUGGGGGAAGAAGGUGGACAUCGUCCAGCAGCUGAUCAACCAGACGCUGCUGCUGAACGGGGACGGGUGCUCCUCCCUGCUGCUGCUGCCUGGAGGGGCGGGGGGCACCCUGAGCCCCCUGGAGAGCAGCCUCUGGCCCAGCCUGCUGCCCCCGCUCACCCCUCCGUCUGCCACAGUCACCUCCGUCAGCAGCUUCUCCCCCGAGGCCACCGGCAGCUCGCCGCAGGGCGAGUGGACGGUGGUGGAGCUGGAGACGCAUCACUGA